AUGCUUAACGAAAACAAACAAAGCAGAGGAUUCGGUUUCGUCUGUUUCAAGACACCAGAAGCAGCUAACAAGGCAUUGACCGAAAUGAAUGGACACAUGAUCGGAUCUAAGCCACUCUAUGUCAACUUUGCUCAACCAAAGGAACUUCGUCGUUCUCAACUCGAAGCUCAAUACAACGCUAGAAAGCAACCUAUGGUACCACAAAUGAUGCCACCAUUCUUUAUUGCAAACGCUCCUGGAGCAUUCCCACCUGCAGGUCAAAUGCUCAAGCCACGUUGGCAACCAGCUGGUGGACGUGGUGGUGCAAAUAACCGUGGAGGAAUGACUCAAAGAGGUGGUGCUGUAAGAGGACGUGGAGCCACAACUGGUGCUGUCAAGAAUCAAGGAAACAGAACUGCAAACAACAACAUCAAGUACAAUAACAAUGCUCGUAAUCAACCACGAGAACAACCACAACAAAUUACACCAACUCAAGCUUCUUCACAGGUUCCACAAGGAUCAUCUGAUCAAUUGUCUGCUGAAUAUUUGGCAAACCUUUCCGAUCAAGAUCAAAAGCAAUUGUUGGGAGACAGACUUUUCCCACUCGUUCAUUUGCGAGAACCAAAGAAUGCUCCAAAGAUUACUGGUAUGCUCUUGGAUAUGGAAGUUUCUGAUAUUUUGCACUUGAUUGAAUCCACAGAUGCUCUCCAACAAAAGAUCAAGGAAGCUGUUAAAGUUUUGGAGGAACAUGGUCAAACUGACCAAUAA